AUACCUCACUUAUUCUCAACAUUUCAACUUCGAAUAUUCAAUUCAACCCUCUCUCUAAAAAACAUCACAAAACGAAAAUUUCAUUCCUUCCACACUCUCCAAUCUCCAUAGCAAAUUACAACACAAAAACUUUACCAAAGGCCACAACAUGUACGGAAAUAGUAAUUUUGAUUCCGAUCUUGCCCUUUUAGACUCUAUUCGCCGCCACUUGUUAGGAGAAUCCGAAUUUAUAUUCGGUGCUCCAACAAAUGUUUCGGGUAAUACCCGAGUUUUCUCUCGGAGCUCCAGUUUCAGCAGCUUAUACCCAUGUUUAAGUGACAAUUGGGGUGAACUACCACUCAAAGAAGAUGAUUCUGAAGAUAUGGUACUUUACGGCGUCCUCCGCGAUGCCGUAAAUGUUGGGUGGGUCCCGUCUCUCGAAGUCGGGUCACCCGAAAGUGUCUCAUCGGUUUUUCCGUUAGAAAUGACGGUGAAACCGGAGCCGGAUGUUAUGCCGGUGGAGAAUGUCCUCCCGGUAGCUUCAACAGCGGAGCAAGUGGUUCCUGAGGGGCCAAAAGCUGCUCCGGUGAAAGGAAAACACUACCGCGGUGUGAGACAACGGCCGUGGGGGAAAUUUGCGGCGGAGAUUCGUGAUCCGGCGAAGAACGGAGCUAGAGUUUGGCUUGGAACAUUUGAAACCGCUGAGGAUGCGGCUUUGGCUUAUGAUAGAGCUGCGUAUAGGAUGAGAGGGUCAAGAGCUUUGUUGAAUUUUCCACUUCGGGUUAACUCCGGUGAACCCGACCCGGUUAGAAUAGCUUCAAAACGUUCUUCGCCGGAACGCUCUUCGUCAUCGGAAAGUAAUUCUCCGGCGAAGAGGAAGAAAGUAAUGACAGCUCAGAGUGGAUUAAAAACAGGACAAGUGGGAAGUCAAGUGGCACAACAAUGUACACGUGGAGGACAGUUAUUGGUUUCUUAAUAUACGGUUCUACCGUACUAGGAACAAAAAAUGUUUAGGUUAAUGUUGUGUUGUGUUUCUUCAAUGCAAUUUGUAAUUAUCCGAAGACAUGUGUGUACUGUGUAUAGCACUAUGCAACUAUUCCUUCUUUUGUGCCUACACAAUUUUGGAACCAAGGAAAAGGAUGAAAAUGUAGCAAAAUGGUGAUUCAUGAGGGAGACAAAAAUGCGGGAGAAAAACAAAAAUUGAAAAAAUGAGAAAUGAAAUAAUGAUGUUUAAAGGAUAGUGAAUGAAGUGGGGUUAUGCGAUGUAACUUUGUGAAUAUAGAAAUUCUUAUUUGUUUGAUCAAAGUUAUGAAUGUGUUAAUUGUGAUAAAUGAGAUGAGACCCACCUUGGCUUUUCUAUUUCCUAA